AUGGCCACCAAGACGACGCUUCCGUGGGUCGAGAAGUACCGCCCGAAGAACGUCAGCGAUAUCUCGCACCAGGACGAGGUCGUCAACACGCUCAAGUCGUCGAUCGCGAACGGCCAGCUGCCCCACCUGCUCUUCUACGGCCCGCCGGGCACGGGCAAGACGUCGACGAUCAUUGCCGUCGCGCGCGAGCUCUUUGGUCCCAAGUUCCGCGAGAAUGGCCGGUUCCUCGAGCUCAACGCGUCCGACGACCGCGGUAUCAGCGUCGUGCGCGAAAAGGUCAAGGCGUUCGCCCAAGGCGCGAUCAGCGGGUCGUCGUCCAUGCCGCCGUUCAAGAUCAUUGUACUCGACGAAGCCGACUCGAUGACCAACGACGCGCAGUCGGCGCUGCGCCGCAUGAUGGAAAACUACUCCAAGGUCACGCGCUUCUGCCUCAUCUGCAACUACGUGAGCCGGAUCAUCGAGCCUGUCGCGUCGCGCUGCGCUAAGUUUCGCUACCAGCCGCUGGAAGUGACGUCCAUGACGGCGCGCAUCCAGUACAUUUGCGGGCAAGAGGACGUGGCGUGCGCGCAGGACGCCGUCGACACGCUCCUCGAGGUCUCGAACGGCGAUUUGCGCAAGGCUAUCAACUACCUCCAGAGUGCCAAGCAGCUCAACGGCGCCGAGAUCACGAAGGACGAUAUCUUGGCCAUUGCUGGCGUGGCCCCGAAGGAGCUCUUUGACAAGCUCUGGCGCCACAUCGAGUCCAACUCGUUUGAUCUGAUGAAGAACGAAGUCGACGACAUUAUUUACAGCGGGUUCCCCGUGCUCACGAUCCUGCACCAGCUCGUGGACGAGAUCUUGGCCCACAAGAGCAUGUCCCCGGGCAAGAAGGCGCAAGUCUGCCUUCACAUCGCCGAAGCCGACAAGAAGCUCGGCGACGGCGCGAGCGAGCACCUCCAGCUCCUCGACGUCGCGUCGUUCCUGAUGCAAACGUACCACGAGAAAUAA